GCGAACUGUUUUGUUGAUAAAUAACUUUGAUAGAUUGAUUAUUUUUCAAGAGGAUCCUCGAACUCCACACAUCCUGCAAACAAUAUCGGUAACGUAACGCUGAAGCGACAGAAUGUAAACAGGAAAACUGGUUUGGUGACUACAGCUGAGGAGUUACUCGGAUACAAAAAGUUGUAACAUUUGUCAGCCUGCAUGUAAAACAGGCCUCUCGGUGCAUUAUAAUGACACGUUAUUCUGGCGUGUUAAAUGUGCGUAACGUUUCUUCGGUCUAGGCGUUUACGACGGACUGCAUUGUGCGUAGUUUGUAUAUGGUCAUGCACGCUGCUGUUGACUUUGCCCAGGGCUGGAGCUGUUUUGUAAGGUGCUGUCAGCCGAACUUGAAAAGUAAGGAAGAGGACGUCAAUAACACAUUGCAACAGUAUCAUUUCCCAUGACUGAGGAACGACUGAGGUUUCAAAUAUUUACUCCACCUUUAAAGUGCAGUUUAGAAGCAAGUGAGGAGGUGGGGCUCCUGUACCCUAUUUAAACCUGCAUGUGUAAAACAUUAUCAGCAACCUUGUUCAAACCAGGCUUACUGAAUGCCUCAGGAUUUUGCUCAUCUCGUAGUUUCACACAAUUGCCAUGAGUCUUUCUCCACACCAGAGAGGAACCAUAAACAGUAUUAGCAAACAAAAUGUUGAAGCCAUUAGUGAAACAAUGCAGCAUUCAGGGGAUCUCUUCUACAACGUGGGAGCUCCAUCUCUGGAGCAAACUCAUAGCAGUCCAGAGGGUCUGGUGGAUUCUAGCCCUGAAGUCCAGGGCACUUUCAAAACUGAUAAAGGAUAUCAGGUCCGGGGGCAUUUUCAGCAGUCAGGACCGGUAAAGUGGGUGCAUCAGGACCCAGUGCAGACGUCAAGUUGGUUUCAAGGUCUCCCAAACAUGAAUAAGUGGUCACAGAACUUUGGGCCUUCUCUUGGUGUUAUGGAUGACCCAAGGGCCUUUAAUAAAAGUCACGAGAUGGAAGCUAUGAAAGAGAAGCUUUCAUCAAGUUCCUCACAGUCCUACACAGAGACCUCCCAAGUUCCUGGUGCAGACUGGGACCAUCACAGCAUGGCAGCCAUGCAUCAUGCUCAGUUCCAGGCUCUUCAGCAAGGCCACCGACCUGUAGAUAUUCAAUAUCAGCCACAAGUCAUGCAUCACGAGAUGCCUGAUUCUACUUUGCAACCCUUCCAGUUGGCAUUUGGACCUACCAAGCAACCACAAGCACCUGGUUUCCAACAGGUUUUUCAUGACAACAAUGCACCUUUAAACAUGAAUUACAAUGAGAAGCCAAAAUCACAACAGCAGCAACUAUUGCAGAUGCAGCAGCAGCAGUUACAGCGCCAGCGCCAGAUGCAGCAGAUGCAGCAAAUGCGUCAGUUGCAGCAGCAGCAGCAGCAGCAGCACCAACAGCAUCAAAUAAGGCAGCAGCAACGGCUGCAUCAACUGCAACAGCAAUACCAUCAGCAGCAGAAAAUGCAGCAACAGAUACACCAGCAACUACAGCAACAGACACAAGGGUUUCAACACCUAGAGUCUGUAGAAAAGCAGAGAGUUAAACCAGAGAUCGAGUCACAGGAUCCUGUCAACGCUCAGGGGAAGACAGACUCGAGCCAGACUCAGCACACUGUACCUCAGUCACAACACCCUGUUUCUCAAGGGUCAAAUUUCCAGGAAUCUGGCAAUCCUGCAGAAGCCAGUCCCGAAAUCCAGGAGGACCAAGGAAAACGUCAGGUCUUUCCUCGCCGCUCUCGCAGACUCUCCAGAGAUGGAGUCUCCCCUCAAAGCAGCCAGACCCCCAAAGACAAGGUUUCUGCCCAGAAUGGAGGAGAUGAUGGAGUCCAAGCACCCACAGUGGGGGUCAUCCAGAGCACUCAGAGAAGACGAAGAGCCUCAAAAGAGAUCAACCUUGAGACUCUUGCUCAGCAGGCUUCAGAAAUGGAAUUUUUGCCAGCAAAGCGAGAGGACGUUAACCCUGGUAGACCAGCUGGUAUGGUGCCUUUAGUCAUCCCAGUCUCUGUUCCAGUUCGGAAAGGUCAAACCCAAAUGGAAGUGCCAGGCAACUGGCCACAGCUGGAUAAUGUUCGGCAUACCUCAGGAAGUUCCCAGCCUGAUCGCAAACCCUCGGUUAUUGUUGCACGCCGGCAGUCAUUGAAGAACUCAGCAUCUGAGAAUUUCAUCCAGGGUAAAGGGCAAGAUGACAAAUCAAAGCGUCGUCCGCGACCUGAGCCCCUGGUCAUUCCUCAACCGUGCACUUUCAUCGCCCCUUCCAUCUAUUCCAGCAUCAGUGCCUACCAGAGUAACCUGCGUUCUCCAUUGCGUCUGCCGGACCAUGCCAUCAUGAUCCCGCCAUACACUCCUCCGCCCAUUCUGUCACCUGUGCGGGAAGGAUCGGGCCUGUACUUCUCUACUGUCCUCUCUUCUAUGGCAGCAGGCAGUCAAGUUUUGCCACCACCACCCACACCCCGCAGCGCCUCGCGAAGCCUACUGCGCUCAAGCAGUUCUGACAUCACUCCUCCUGCUCCUCCACUGAUUGGAGAAGCAACUCCUGUCAGCCUUGAACCGCACAUAAACAUCGGCUCAAAGUACCAAGCAGAGAUUCCUGAACUCUUGGAUCGUUCAUCAGCCUUAAAGGACCAGCAUAAAGCCACUUUAGUUUGGCAGCCUGAGUCCUCUGCCUCCCAAGAAACAAGAGUUGAUAAUCUGAUGAACCUGGUCUGUUCCAGUGUAAUGUAUGGGGGAGGGACAAACACAGAGCUCGCAAUGCACUGCCUGCAUGAGUGCAAAGGUGAUGUCAUGGAAGCUUUGGAAAUGAUGAUGCUGAAAAAUCCCAUCUUCUCCUGGAACCACCAACUAGCCAAUUACCAUUAUGCAGGAUCAGACUAUUGGAGUGCAGAUGAAAAACGAUACUUCAACAAGGGAAUUUCUGCUUAUACAAAAGAUUUCUUCAUGGUGCAAAAACUGGUGAGGACUAAAACUGUGGCACAGUGUGUGGAGUUCUACUACACCUAUAAGAAACAAGCGAGGGUUACUCGUAAUGGGACAUGUACAUAUGGACCUUCAGAUCCAGAAGAAAGCAUCCCUGUGAUGAACGCAAGACAAGCAGAUAAAGAAAAUGACUGUAAACAACAGGAGGAAAUGGAAGACAGUGUGGAUGAAAGGCUACAAGAUGUGACCAAGACACUUCAGCAAAGUGACAAUCCCCGCUCUUACAACAUCGGCAGGAAAACCAAGCCCUCAACCGUCAGCAAACCUCAGGGAGAGCCAGAGGGGAUUUUUCCUUGCAAGAAGUGUAGCAGGGUGUUCUAUAAAGUGAAGAGCCGCAGUGCCCACAUGAAGAGUCACGCAGAGCAGGAGAAGAAAGCAGCAGCUCAGCGCCAAAGAGAGGAAGAGGAGCAGGCAGCUAAAGCCAGACACGAAAUGAUACUAGUGGCGAGGAGGAAAGAAGCACAAGGCAGAGGUCAAGAGGAGAGCAGUGAAGCUGAGGAGAGCUCAGCAGAGCCGGACGACGAUCGGGAUGUAGACUGGCAAUGA